UUUUUUCUUAGUCUUAGCUGUGUGAUAUUGCGAAAGUGGUAAAAAGUCAUAAUCGGUUUUCUUAUGUAGUUUGUUGUACUAAACUUAAUGCUGCGAUUUUACAUUUUGAUGACAAGCACACCACCGGACACGCAAGUUCAUUGUAAAAGUCGAGAUCUACUGUAACGGCACUCGCCUACUUUACGUGUUCGUUGACAUAGACGAUAAUGCCAAUAAUAAUUCUCCUCAAUCCCGUGUUCCGGCACGUGGCGCCUUGGGAUACGAAAAAAAAAAAACGUGGCUGCGGUGGGGACCCCCUGAAUCUGAAUCUGAUAGGCAUCCAUUGUCCUGAUUUCUUGGAUUUCUUCUAACUAAGUGCUGCGUGGUAACCUGUUUGUUGUACUUAUUCAUUCCACUAUACUUGAUUACAACAGCCCUACUGUGGUAAAGGUAAUCGCUUAGAGUGACGAGACCUCUUUUUUAUCUCCUCAGUCAUCCUCGACCUCGUGUAGACUAAAAAAGUCAAUGUCAAGAUAACUACUAACUCUAACAAGUACUGUUCUCGUGAAAGUGACGUGUGAAGGUGAACAUCCUUUUGUUGUUGAAUGCCUAUACCUCUAUCUCUCUCGAGCUAUCAUUGAAUAUCGUCGUUCCCUUCCAAUAGAAUCCUUUCUUCCUAGAAGUUUUGGUUUGGCAAAAAUUGCCUCAAUAUCUUUCAUCUUUUCGAUGUUGAGCAAAUAAUUUUAUUCUAGAAGACAUUAGUAUAAUCAUCAUACUGGGUAAUUUGUAUCGUAAGCUUGCAUCUAGUGCAAGAAAAAUGACGAAGCACAAAAAUCGAGCCAUGUCGCCAAGGGGAAAUGGCAAAGCCCCAACUAGUGCUGAGAUGCCGGUCGCAAACGGAGGAGGUCAUGCCAAGAGGGAAGACGUCGACGUGGACGACAAAUUGCAACAAGCCAGUGCGCUUAGCGCGCAACGCCUCACGCGUCUUCGCGGCCUCGAUGUACUUCGGGAUCCAUUUUUGAACAAGGGAACCGCAUUCACAGAACGUGAACGGGAUAUGCGUACAACUACUUUGUAUUGUUCUUGUUACGUAAGAUUGUGUGAAGAAAAGGAUGAUAUUAUGAGAUAGAUGAAAUAGUUGUUGACGAACAAUAUUACAUUCUUUCUGAAUAAUGGGGGACGACCCCUGUGUGGGUGUACACUACCUAUUUACAUAGUGGGUGGUACCAGCAACAUGACUCUUGUGUUGGUUCGAACGUUAUUAAGUACAAAUGCGUGGAGCUCCCUUAGCAACACAACAUCAACAUGUUGUGUCUCCUCAUCGCAGUCGGCCUUCGUGGUUUGUUGCCCCCAGUCCACCAUACGAUCGAGGAGCAGAUGGUGAUAGAAUACAAGAUGUUCAACGAGUGCGCUUCGAACAUUGAAAAGUACAACUUCCUGGACAGUCUCCACAACCGAAACGAGACCCUGUACUACCGCUUCCUCCUAGAAUACGUGAAGGAGUCAAUGCCGAUCGUCUACACGCCGACCGUUGGACAAGCCUGCAUCGAGUUCUCGCAGCAUUACUUCCAAGGACGGGUAUAACUCUUCGAAAUAUUGAGUGCACACGACUAGUGGUUGUGGUUGUGGUUCCUCCUUCUAUCUCAAUGUCCCGUACUUCCAGGAAAAGAUCAGGGACAACUCUGGAGAACUCUUAAAACUGCACGUUCUUGGUUUUGUAGUCUCGCAACAUGGUGAAGAAAGUCGUUGCCGUGUAAACUUGAUGAAACUGUUGCGAUGCGCAAUGCCACCUUAUGAUAGGUUUAUGAAUACUUCCUUCACUAUUUUCAUGAUUUUUCUAGGCUCGCGGAUUGUAUUUGUGCAAGAAUGACAAGGAGCAUUUCCGAGAGAUCUGCCGCAACUGGCCGCAGCACGAUGUGCAGAUCAUAGUGAUCACUGAUGGAAGCCGUAUCUUGGGUCUUGGUGAUCUCGGAAUCAAUGGCAUGGGUAUUCCUAUUGGAAAGCUCGCGCUCUAUGCGGCAGCAGCAGGUUUCCUCCCCUGGAGCACACUCCCAAUUACUGUCGACUGCGGAACGAACACGGAAAAAUAUAUGAACGAUCCACAUUAUAUCGGUACUAAAACUAAUAUAAAUUUACUGUAGUUAGAGUGGAUGACUUUGACUAGUACUUUAUUCAUCAUUUGAUUCUUCAUAAGUCGUGUUAAUGUUGUCAACUACUUCGUGUUGCGCGAGCACUAGAUGUACCUCUUCCCGGUGAAUUUCCUGGUACUAAAAAUACCUACAGGUAUCAAGGAGAAACGUCCUGAGGAUCCCGAAUUCUAUGGUAUCAUGGAGAAGGCCAUUGAGGCUAUCAAAUGGCGGUGGCCGAGAGCAUUGAUUCAAUUCGAGGACUUCUCGAACGAGCAUGCUUUCGGACUCCUCGAUGACUGGAAGGACAAGAUUUUGUGCUUCAAUGAUGAUAUUCAGGGAACAGCUGCUACUGUCCUUGCAGGACUUUUGGGAGGUACACUUUUGUUGCUAGAUGAGCUACAAUUGUAGUGAAAUGAUUAAAAAAGAAGUAUAACACACGCGUUUUCGAUGACUCCCUAUCCUCUGUUGCUCCUACUUCCAGCACCUAAAAAAAGGCUUAAGAUUAAGAAAUAAGAUUUUUCUGAGUGCACUCCACAUUAUGUAUCUAAAUCUAUGAUCUAAAUCUAUCAGCUUUGCGCAUCCAGCAAGCGGGUGGUGCCGAGCGCAAAAUGACGUUGCGCGAGCAGCGCAUUGUGUUCCUGGGUGCUGGUUCGGCCGGUGUGGGCGUCGCCGAUUUGAUCGCGGAAGGCAUGUAUCUCGAGGGCGUCGCGGCUGGGGAGGGGUGGAAGACUGUGGACGAGUAUCGCAAGAAUAACUUCUGGCUGGUGGACUCCAAGGGUACUGUCACAACGACGCGUGGGGACAAGUUACAGGCGCACAAAAUUCCGUUCGCGCGCUCUGACGCUUCCAUCCCGACGCUCGGGGAAGCCGUGAAGCAGGCAAAACCGACCAUUUUGAUCGGGCUCGCAGGGAUUGCAGGCGGCAGCUUCACGCAGGAAAUCGUGCAGACAAUGGACAAGGACUGCACCUCCGCAGGACUCCGCCCCAUCAUUAUGGCCUUGUCAAAUCCGACGACAAAAGCAGAGUGCACUGCUGAAGAAGCCUACAAAUGGACGGAGGGACGCGCAGUUUACGCGUCUGGGUCGCCGUUUGAGCCUGUCACUCUUGACGAUGGACGAACCAUUCACACCGGACAGGGAAAUAACAUGUAUUUAGUCAUUACAAGUACGUUAUACAAGAACUUCUUACACGUACAGCGACUAUGUCAUGUUCAAGAAUCAUAUCCUGUCAACACCUGCUUUUCCUUCGCUUUCAACCCUUUCUGCUGCUGGUGCUGUGCUCUGAGAAUCAAAGUCUUGGAGCGUCACCGUGAAGAUUUUCUCAAACUUCUCAUUUCAUUUUGUCGACCCACGACAAAUUCAGGUAUAUUUUCCCUGGUGUUGGCUAUGGUGCUGUGCAGUGCAAUGCCUGCACCGUAACGAAUAGCAUGUUCUACCAAGCCGCGAAGGCACUUUCCGAUGAGGUGACCGUGGAAGACCUGCAAAAAGGAAGUGUCUAUCCGGAACUGAGUAAGAUCCGAUCUAUCACCGCCAACGUCGCUCGGGCUGUGUGUGACGUCGCAACCAAAGAAGGCCUAGCAGGCAGAAAAGAACCGAAAGAAGGCUGGCUUAAAUUUCUCACGCAAAAUAUGUGGUGGCCGCGAUACGAUGACUUCAUCUAA